CGUCAACCAAAUUUCUUCGAUUGUAAUAACACUAAAUGAUGCGCCGCGCUCUUCUAAAAAUUUUCCAUCGAAAGAAUCUCUAAAAUCCCGGUUCGUGUAAUGGUUCCUUGUGAUAAAAAUAUUUUAAAAACUUGAGAAAAUCGAUGGUCGUUUCGUUGACAGUGAAUAGGCCGCAUUAUAUAACCAAUUUCGAUCGUAAAAAGCAUGAAGUCUGCGAACAGUAAAUGUGGUGAAAUUUUUCGAAACGAACAGACUGGAAAUUAUGUAUUUAUUUGCUUUCACUGCGCCAAGGAAUUCACAUCGCCCAUGGAAAUAGUUGAUCAUAUCGACAGCCACUUUAAAGCUACAAACGGACUACCUGCAAACGCCAAUUUCGAAAAGGUCAAAGUUGAGGAAGAAACAGACGAUUCGUCAUUUAAGCGAGAUUUUGAAACUUCACUGGAAGCCACGGUUGUACUAAAACGAUUGAGUUUACCAGUCCCGACCAAAGACAUGGUCUACGAGAGUGAUAACAAUUCCGAUGGGGAAGCAAGCACCGACAAUCCAUCAACAACAUCAGAAGAUAUGCCUGGAUGUACUAGAGUCGGUACGGGCAUGUUUAAAUGUGAUACAUGCGGAACGAUAAUAUCGGGAAAAUCUAGAACACGUGAACAUUUGGACACACACGCCAAUUUACGGUUGCAUUCGUGUGAUGUUUGUGGCAAAUGUUUUAACAUUAAGUAUGCGCUCACCAAGCAUUACCGCCUUCAUUCACAGGGAGAUGAGGGUGACGGUGAAUCGAGCAAAGAGCCGGAAGAGACCAAUAAUGUGGAUGAUGGCGACGAGGACAUGGAAGAGGAGGAGGAAGACGACGACGAUGAUGAUGAAGAUGAGAUUAUCGAAACGGAAUGCUAUGUGUGCGGUUUCGAAUCGGACGAACGAGAUGUGAUGGUAAGUCAUAUGAAGACCCACGAACAGUAUACGGAGAAGAAAGAUUUCGUUUGUCAAUUGUGUGGAAUGGAGUACUCAAAAAAGUCCUUACUGACCAAUCACAUGAGAAACCACAAAGGGAACAAGUCGGUUAUCUGUCCGGUGUGUCAACGCUCGUUUUUCUCGGACGCAGUUUUAGCUACUCACAUGAAAAGUCACGUAGUUGACAAGCCAAAUAAGUGCGACAUUUGCGGACGAUCCUAUGUGAAACGAUAUGCUUUGGAAGAACACAAACGCACUCAUACGGGCGAGAAACCAUUCAAUUGUUUUGUUUGCGGCAAAGCGUUUGCUCGACGAGUUUUACUACGACAGCAUGAGAGAAUCCAUACCGGCGAGACUCCGUUCAAGUGCAGGUACUGUGAUUUUACCUUCACCUACGGCGCCAGUCGACGAGCCCACGAAAAGACUAAGCAUCCGGAAAUGUAAGCAUCGUCUGCAAGGUGCCAAUUAUUUUGGUUCUUUUUUUAUUGCGUUGCAUCAGAGAGGGAAAUGCGUAAGAUUAUACAAACAAACAAAACA